CGUAAAGUUCCCCCCGGCCUCGCUGCCCGCGCCGCGAGCGCUCGCGGCGGGCCGGCGGCUCUGCACGGCGCUGGGUUUCCGUCCCCGCAGCGAGGGGCGUCACGCGAGUGGAGGCAGGUCGAGCCGGGCAGGAAGGGCGCACGGAGGCGGGCGCAGCUGCUCUUUAAAAGUCCCCGCGGCGCCAGGCUCGGGGCCCGUCCCGCCAUGGCUCCCGCGGUGCCGCUGGCGCUCCUGGCCCUGGCAGCCCUGGGGCUGGCCCAGCCGGGCCACGACGCGCCGGCCCCGCUGCGCCGCGGCUCCCGGGACGUCGCGGACACCCGCCAGGGCUGUGGCAACCUCUCCGGCGCAGCAGCCCCCGUGCAGCUGAGCCUCUACUACGAGAGCCUGUGCCCGGCGUGCCGGGCCUUCGUGACCCAGCAGCUCUUCGCCACCUGGCUCCUGCUGCCGGACGAGGUCCUGAACAUCACCCUGGUGCCCUAUGGCAACGCGGAGGAGACCAAAGACAACGGGACGUGGCGCUUCCAGUGCCAGCACGGCCCCGAGGAGUGUUUGGGCAACAUGCUGGAGGCCUGCCUGAUGCACGAGGUGAGGAACUUCAGCACCUACUUCCCCGUCAUCUUCUGCCUGGAGUCGGGGGUGUCCAUCACCAAGGACCUCGAGGCUUGCCUGCAGAUCCACGCGCCGGAGGUGGCGGCGGGGCGGGUGGCCGCCUGCGCCGAGGGCGACCUGGGCAGGCAGCUGAUGCACCGCAACGCCCAGCUGACGGCCGCCCUCCGCCCGCCGCACCAGUACGUGCCUUGGAUCGUCCUCAACGGGAAGCACACGGAGGAGCUGCAGGCGCGGGCGCAGGACGCGCUGCUCGGGCUGGUGUGCGAGCUCUACCAGGGGGAGAAGCCCGAGGCCUGCACGGGCCGAGCCGCGAGGAGCGCCCGGCGCUGCGCCCGCUGAGGCGCCGCGUGCCCGUGGGAGCCGCCGCGGCACCCACGAGGGGAAUAAAGAAAAGGGCAGUUUUGGUGGAA